AUUAUUGACAAGUACUGUACUGGGAAAAAUAUCGGGAAAAGGAUUAAAUGUCCUUGUUCCUCUGACUGUGAUAUGGCAGGCACACUUAAUUGGGGAUACAAGUAUAGGGAAUGAAGAGGCGUGGCAUGGACGUUUAGAUAUGAUUGUCAACCAAGAUGUAGAGGUGAACAUUAUUGAAGAUGACGACCCCGAUCCUGAAAGUCCAGGAGGAAAACCAUCAGUCGGAGGAAAGAAAAACACUACUAGUAUGGAAAAGAAUCAUCAAACCAUCGCUCAGACUGUAGUUUUUCCUUUUUUUCAGCAACAGAUUCACCCUCUGAGUAGACAUUUUGCAGUACCAUGUUUUGGAAUAACAAGCACAGGUUUAGUUAUAUAUUUUUAUGAUUCAAGGCAUGAUGUCCUCCUGGAAAGCACUCCCAUUUCUUUGUUAACAUCAGUUAAGAAUGAACCAUACAUAAAGGUCAACUUAACAGCAAUAAUGGCAUCUUGGCUAGCUGUUAAUUACAAGUAUUUGUCAAGAGGAUUACCAGAGUCUCUGAAAUCUGAAGACAGUAAAACUGAUUUUUUCUCUCAAGCUGUAGGAAAAAUUGAAGUGUACAAAAAUAGUUUGAAAUCCGGUGUUGUCGGAGUAGCAGUACAUCCACCGACAGAUAAUGAGGUUUCAGAUGAAUCAGACGACUUGGAUGAUAUAAUACGCUCACUGUAUGAAGUUUUUGUUGAAGUGGAAAGUUUAAAUGAGAAUUUAAAAGAAUUUCCAAAUGACAAGUAUUGGAUAUAGACUUUAUUUUGUUCAAACGACUUGUAUCCCUUGAUGAAGUUAGAAAGGGAUUACAAACAAAAAACGUUAAACCAGACUCCUUACAGAAUCUGACACGACCAGUUUUUGUCAAGACUUUUGUUUAUGAUUCAUAACAACUGUUGAUAUGUUCAGAAAUUAACUUGUUUACUAAGUUAUAUACCAUGAUGGAUCAAGGAGAUUACAAGCAAUUGUGAAUUUCGCUGGUUUGUUAACAUAUCUUCCAUUUUGAUAAAUAUGUCCCUUUCAGAUGGACCCAAUGUGAAAAUAUUGGCUCUGCAGUUUCCAGAAUUUUUGUAAAGAUUCUGAUGUUAUUUAAAUGAUAUGUACAUUAAAUACAUUGUUCAACUUUGUUAAAAUCUAAAAGAAGUAUGAUCAUAUUGCUGAUUCAAUUUCUUCGCUUGA